CCUGGGGAAUUUCAUUGCUUUUAUGGCCACCUUGGAUCUAUGCUUGGCCGUACAUCGAGGGCCAACGAACGGUACCCAUCAAUGCAUGUUAUAUACAAUUCAUCGAAACAAAUCAUUACAUCACAUUCGGUACCGCAAUUGCUGCAUUUUAUGUGCCUGUCACUGUGAUGAUCAUUCUUUACUGGCGCAUAUGGAAGGAAACCAAAAAGCGGCAAAAAGAUCUUCCGUAUUUACAAGCUGGAAAACAAGACGCCAGUAAGAGGAGUAAUUCUAGCGACGAAGCGUUAGACAUGGAGGACUGCAGGAGGCCUAGAAGCGAAUCGAGCACAGGAGUCGAAGACGUGAACGCGACACAUAUCGCAGUCUCUUAUCUAGAGAAACAUUAUCCUCAAUAUAAAACGAAACACAGACCAUUUUCGUGGAUGUGGUUGAAGAUGUGGUGCAUCGCGUGGUGGCAUAGUGGUCGCGAAGACGAUGACGAAGAAGAGGAUAUCGAGGGAGCUGAGAGCAGUCGUGCUACACACGGUUAUGACGAAGCCAUAACGCCAUUGUCGGCGGAAACCCCUCUUACUGGUACGGUCUCUCGAUCUGCCUCUUUAAGUGGAAUUCAUCCUACCACGUUAACUGUUGAGAGAGCCAUCAGUAUCGCUGAUAACCACGAUUAUAAAAAAUCUGGAAAAGCCGGCGAACUAUCAACGAAAAGCAUCUCUAGCGAUUCUGUUUACACGAUUCUAAUUCGACUUCCAACAAGAGACACCAGUGGCAUGGGAAAGUAUUCGGAAGGUCCAAGUAUAAAAAUGUAUCACGACGAAACAGUGAGUCCUUCGAUGAUCACCAGGAGACCAUCUCACAUGCCGGACAUAAGGAUUCCCUUAAAUACGAAAAACAUUCCGAAAGCAUUAGGGGGCAAGCCAGCCGCGAAUAAAACUACAAACAAGAAGAAAAAGAAAUUGCAGGAGAAAAAAGCCGAUCGAAAAGCCGCGAAAACUUUGUCAGCCAUUUUGCUGGCAUUUAUCAUCACCUGGACACCGUACAAUAUUCUCGUUCUAAUUAAAUCCAUCACAGCCUGCUCGUGGUACAUCCCGCAAGAGCUCUGGGACUUUUUCUAUUAUCUUUGUUAUAUCAAUAGUACUGUGAAUCCAAUGUGUUACGCCCUGUGCAACGCGGCAUUCCGACGAACAUACGUAAGGAUUCUCAAGUGCAAGUGGCAUAAUAGAAACAGAGCCGCGAUUGACAGAGGAUGAUAUCAGUAGAAACGCCCAGCAUGCGACAUCUGCACGCUUGUGGGCGUACUAUUUUCUCUAUCAUUUUCUCUCUUCUCCUUUUUAAUCAUUCCUCCGAACGUGCUUGCCGAUGAUAGGGAAACUGAGUUGCUUUCAAUUAUAACAUAACCUAUAUUAAUGAAUGUUUAUAAGACAGUUUCAUCGCUUUCGCUCAUUAUUGCGUGUAUCUUACUUUUGUUAAUUGAAAAUCGAACGUACGUAUUUGCUGUAAUUACUAUAUAAUUUUACUACCAAAUUAUAUUUUUCAAUUUUGGCAUUUGAAAAUUUGUUACGCGAGCACUAAUAUUGUUUUAAUUUUUUCAUUUAAUUUUUUAUAGAUAUGGAUAAUAAGGGAAUAAUAGGGUUUUGAAAAUAUCAUAAGAAUCUUUUUUAAGAUAAAUAAAAAUUUUUCGAAAAAUUGAUAAAAUGAUUUGUAAUACAACAUUUAUACAAAUCGAAAAACAGUUAAAAACAUUAUACUCGAAAAUUUUAUUUCAUAGAUGUUAGAUUAGGGAAAAACAGGGUGUUUACACACAAUUCCAUUUAAUAAAUUUAAUAAGACGCAUUUUGUAUACAUUUUGUAUUUGUAUUUUACAAUCAUAACACGAUUAACUUCACGAGUUUUUCAAUUUGAAAUUAUGUUUUAUCCAUUUUAGGAAAAAAUGAGUGAUGAUAUAGAAAGUAUUUAUCUAUCUAAAUUUGUCUAUUUAAUUUUUAUUAGAUAUUUAUAAAAUUAAGAAAACCAGAAAGUAUGAUUUUCAAUUACAUCGUGUUGAAUAAAGAAUUGAUUAAAGAAAUUAAAAACAUUUAUUACUCGAAACGCGAAGAGACAAGCGUGUUCUUAUUUUAGAUUGUGGGAAAUCGAAAAGGACUAUUAAAUGUUCGUGAUUAAACAGCUCAGAUUUCCAGAUUUGAGGCAAUGCAACGUGAAUACUGCCAUGAAAAAUAAUCUUUAUAAAUAUAUUUCUGAACCGUACAAAAAAAAGACAAAAGAGAGAUAAAUAAUCGGCACGUACGCGACAGUGCCAAAUUUGUGGCUCGAUUUCAGCGACAAUUGUACGAUAAAUAAAUGAUAUCGACUUGUCGCGAAUCGAGUUUUUUUUCUAUAGUUUGUGAAACGAAAUCAGUUUCUAUAAACAAUAUAAGUGUAAAAAUAUCUAUUUAAUCGCGUUGAGACAUUUACAAUGAUAUAUUAAACAAACAAAUUUUUAUCAAAUAAUUCUAAAUAUUAAUUUUGGAUUAAUAAAUCAAAAUCAUUGGUCGUCCAAAAUUUAUUAAAAGUUUUAAAACUGUUAAGAAUGUUUUCAGUUAUAUAGAAUUGUUAAUGUAGAUAAUGAAAAAUGAAAAUUUUCGUUUGACAAAAAUUUUCAAAUUAAAAAGAAAUAAUAUUUAAGAAACUGACUAAAUUUCGCGAACCUCCUACAAAGCUAUACCGCACAAAAACGAAAUCUUAUUCGAAUCCUAAAAAAAAGUUAAUAAACAGGUAUUUCUCGUGCGUUUUAUUCGAGGAACACAACGCACUUGAUGUACAUUUUAAAUAGUAGUUCAGUUGUAAAUGAGUGUUUUAAGUGUAAUUAGUCACGGAGAACCAAACAAGCGCUAAUAUACAUAGAGACAUGUGUCACAACUAUAAUGACAACAAAAUAAA